GCAACUUCCCCGAAGGUGUAUGCAGCCCGGAAAUAUCUCAAACACAAGAAUGUUUAGGAACAACAAUAAAAUCCAAUCAAAGUGGCAAAUGGUCGCUGCCUUCCACUUGUCACGAAACAAGUCAGGUGGGUCCCAAACUGUGAUCGAGUCUAUUCAGUGAUUGUUUUUCGAGAGAAAUCCCACUUACCUUAUCGCACCUAGACAACAAGAGUUUCUAUCCUGUUCAAAAGCAGCGCCACGCCUCUGGUAGCGGCGUGACAAGACGAGGCUUCGCUUGGGAUGCUGGUCACGUGAUUUUUUUUCGCGUGGUGGAGCGAGCCUUCGGAACAUGUUGCCUGCCUCGAUAGUAGUACUUGUGCCUCAAAAGUCGAUGCAGAGUCUGCUUCGAGCGCAACAUUUCCACUCGUAGGAGUUUCACUACUUAGCCUCCUAGCUGCGGCCAAGUGUCGGUGCCCCUCAGAAGAGAAAUCAGACUAACUUACAUGACGGGAGAUGGGGGGAAAACCAGCCACAAGGAAAGGUGAUACUUUAUCCAGGACACAGUAGCUUGACGGCGUUUUUUUUUUUUUUUUUUUGUUUUGACGGGACUGCCUUGGCCGCUGGGUCGGACCCGGGCUGCUGCUACGAUGUGUGUCCGCUGCUCCACGAAGCUCCGUUGGGGAAGUGAACCUUUCACCGGAUGAUGGACAGGAACUAUCCGAGCUCCAGCUUUGCGGACGCGCUGGCUCCACCAGCACAGCCCGUAGCUUCGUGGGCCUAUGACCGCGGCUCAGCCAGUAUCAAGCCAAGUCCCAGUUAUGGUGCAGCACAUCUUGAUGCGGAGCUCCUUCAGCGGCAAAGCUACACUUCCACGCACCAGCUUCCCACCUACACUACAUCACACGUUCCUGCUGCCGCAGGAACACUUGAGUCGAGCAGUAAUACUUCUGAGACCUCAAUCAUGAGCUUCCUAUCAGCCAUGGAGUCGAGAAGCCUUCAGGCUGGUCCUGUUAGUGCCUCAUUGCUUCCCCCUUUUAGACCUCCAUCAUGGCCUGCGGGUACCAACUCUUCCACCACAGAGCUGUACUUGACGGGUGCCCUGCCCUCUUCUGCCACUUUCCCCUCUCCUUCUGCCCUGUCAUCCUAUCAGCACACAGGUGCCUACCCUCCCAGGAGUUACACUACUAACCCUUCUCUGGCUCUCCAGGAUCCUGCCUUUAGCACUUCCACCAAUGGCCUGUUUUCCCAUCAUGAUCCCCUGUUACAUCUCAAACCUAGCCAGACUGUGCUUCCCACUGCCCUGGCCUUCAAUCAUCUCUCUGCCCCUUCUCUGGGCUCAACUCUACCUGUGCAGUCCUCCACGUAUCGCUCAGCGCAGGAGUCGGCCCCCCAUCUCCUGCAACCCCAAUUCAGCCUUCUGCCUCCUGCCCUGUCUGCCUCUCAUGGUACCUCUCAGCCCUAUGGGGCUACAGUUUUCUCAGGCUCUAUUGAAAGAGCUCUUCAACGUGAAUGUAGUGUGAUCAAACACCACCAGAGGCCUUCCAGUAGCCACAUGGCCUCAGAUCAGUUGCCCAGUACGGAGCACUCCUUACAGGGUUACUUUGGCUCUGGCAGUGAAGCAGAUGUGUCCUAUCAGCAGGACUCAUCCCGUCAGACCCCCGUGUCCUGCAGCCCCUCCACAGGAGCAGAUUCCUCUCAAGCAGUCAAUGGUUCCCCACAACCCGAAACAGAUUGUGUGACACAAGCUUAUUCAUCCAUUUUGUUGCCAAAAGCUAAAGACUGUUCAUCCAAACUAGCUCCACACCCUACAGGGGAUGAAGAGAGCCAUUCUCAGAGCCUGACAGCAGGGUCUCCUGAGCGCUAUUCUUCCCCUGGACAGAAGCAGAAUUCAGUGAUUGCAAAUCAGCAGGCAGUCCAGCUAUCUAGCCUAAUGUCCAGCAGCUUGUCCCAAACCCAUAUCACACCCCAUACGCAGUCACAGACUUCCCAUUCCACCUCAGACAAACUCUCCCCGGUUUACAAAACUCUGUCCUCUCUCUCUAGUCAGUCUGACAAUGUGGCAUCUGUUAGUCCAACUCUUGUCUACUCAUCUGCUCCUGAGCUGAGCCAAGAGCAGGAGAUCCAGUAUGGAGCUCAGGUCCAGAGCUUAUGUCGGGGAAAUUUGUCUGAGAGCUACCCGACAUCCCACACUCGGGGUGCUCCAAAUGUGACUUUUACAUCUCAGUCACAAGGUCAAGCUUCGGUAAGUCAGCCUCAAAGCUACGCCACAGGGCAAUCCCUUAACUCGACUUACCCGCACACAUGUGUACGUAGUCUGCCCACAUCAAAUUCUACGGUGGACUACACCCUCAUGCAGGCCUCAGUGGGAGGUAGAACACAUGAUACUCUAGCCCAGCAGCACACGCAGCCCCACAAAUAUGUUUUGUCAGCACCGUUGCCUACUUACUCUUCAACCGUUCAAGCCUUGCAAAAUAACAGAUCCUCAGUACAGAACAUAAAGCCUACAUAUGGCAAACAGAAACCUGAAGAGCUUCCUCUCCAAGACCUGGAGGCUCUGCAGCAGGUAUCUAUGGAGGCCUCUGCAACAGAUAAUAACAUGGCUUCUCACAACAAUGUAAUCUAUGUUGUUUCAAAAAUGGACGAUCAUCAUAAAACACAAAGCGUUAUUCGAAGCAAUUCACGUUCUGAUGACCAGCUUAUUGGGCUAGGUCAUACAAAUACAUCACAGGUAAAAGAUGAAAGGAUUAAUUCAGUGAGCCAGCACCACAUUCAUUUGAGCGGUGCAAAUGGUCAUGAAAAUGCCAACACAAAAACUAUAAACUCCACUAACGUGUCUUCACAUGUACCUCUGUGCUCAGAGCAGCUCAAGCAGGGCCAGCUCAAAUCUUUGGAGUCACACCAACAAAACCAACAGAACCAUAGUCAGUCCCAGAGCCAAACUUCAGCACCACACACCCAAUUCAUCACUGUCCCCGGCUCUCAGGUUCUCUUUGAGCCCAACCAGAUGAUUCUGCUCCAGCAGCCCCUUGUUCACCAUAGUCAGAACUCUUCAAAGGUGUUAUCAGUGGAGGGUCUCCAACCAACCCAAGGUCUGGGCCCAGUUCAUGUUCAGUAUCUUCAGAUGGAUCGCGACUUGCUUGCUACGAGUGUUGCUGACACCCAGGGUCAGCAGGGCACAGUAGUGUCUGAAUCGAACUCGGAAUGCCCUGCUUCCUCUAAACACCACUACAGCCAGUCGGCAAGUCAGCAGCCAAAUGAUGCCAAGAACCACUUUGCUCUCAACUCCAUUUGCUUCCCUGACUCCAUGCUGCUCGCAGAUGACAGAAAUAUUUUGUCGAAUGUUGAUGACAUCCUGGCUGCCACAGUGGCAGCCUGUGGCGUCACACCGCAAGACUUUGUCAAAGCUACAUCCUCUGCUGAGGCCGAAAUGGUUGUGAUGGCAAGCCCUGUUGAUUCCAAAGGUCACUUCCAGACUGUGGAUAUAAGACACAUGUCACCGAGUUUCUCCUCAGCACAACAGCCAAUCAUCCACAACACUAACUCCCACACUAUGACCUUGGCACUAAAUGGAGCUCAGUUGGCUACAGACUGCCACGUUCAGUCUGUUCACCACAGCAAUACUGAACUUGACUCGAAUGGAGAUGGAAGGAGCUCUGAGAAUGACUAUCACUUAUCAAGACAGGUGUAUGACCCCUCAGGUCCUCAGCACGCAGUCAAAGGGAAUGCAGAGUCUAUUAAAACAGAGGACGACCUCAUGGAAUGUCAAGGUAGUGACGACUUUUCUAAAAAGAAGGCUCGGUCCAAGUCUUUGACCAAAUCAGGAGGUUCUGAGGAUGAUGGUGGACUAGCCAGGACUGGCAAGCGCAGUGGGCCGGCGAAGCGACAAAACUCUAGGGGCAGUGAUGUCAGCUCCCCAUCUGCCUCACACAGUAUAUAUGAUGGUUGUCCUCAGCAGGAGAGGAUCAGGCAGAAGAUUCGUGAAGUGGAAGAGAAACAGCCAGAAGUCAAAACUGGCUUCAUUGGCUCCUUCCUAGACUUCAUCAAAUCUGGCCCCAAACAGCAAUUCUCUCAAAGUCCUACUCGUACAGUUAGUCGCUCGAGGAAACCCUGCCCCUCAUCCAAACCAUGCGUGCUGCCUUCUUUGCCUCCUAAACUUCAGAGUCUGCCCACGCCCAUGAUUCCUCAGGAGAGUCCAGGUUUGACCUCUCAGCAGAAACGUCUGGAGGAAGAUCUGCAAAAGAACUUGGAGACGCUGCCAUCUUUCAGCUCAGAUGAAGAGGAGAACACUGGGAAGAACCAGGCUCUGAGGAACAGCAUCAGCUCAGCACUCUCAGCACUGGACGAAUCUUCAGAUCGGAAAACUAGGACAGAUAACCAAAUCCAAGGUUCGAUGAUGAAGCCAAGCCCCGUUCCCACCAUGCCACACACUGUGACAGAAACCUGUUUGUCGCAGAUACCCACUCCCACACAGACGCCAACCACGGUCUCUGUAGCAACGUCUCUUUCGGCUAAAGAUGAGAGCAAAGAGGCUUCGUCGGGCCAACAGGCUGUGCAGCUGAUCAGUGUCGCCAUUGAGGGACUGACCGAUGAGGAACUGUCGGACAGUGGAGGAGAGGGAAUGUAUCGGGAGAGAGAUGAGUUCGUUGUCAGGAAUGAAGACAUUGAAAGCUUAAAGGUGACAAUGAAAGCGGGCAGUGAGCCACCAGCUAUCUGGAAAGUCCAGAAGGCCUUGCUGCAGAAAUUUGUGCCUGAGCUGAGAGAUGGAAAGAGAGUCUUCUCUGCCACAAACAGUUAUCUUGGAUACUUUGGUGACGCCAAGACCAUGUACCAGAGGGUGUAUGUGAAAUUUCUGGACACAGUUAACAAAAGGGAGUAUGUACGGGUUUGUAGUCGGAAGCCACGUUGCAAACCUAUAAACUCACUAAGGGGUGUCCCAGUGAAAACUUUGCUGGGCUUGACGGCCACCCCUUCCUCAGUUUGCCAGAGCGUUAAGCCCCGACCCAAACAACUUAAGCCGAGGGCUGAGCCCCCGCCCAAAAAGAGAAGGAAAUGGAAGGAGGAGUUUUCACCCGCAGCCUCAGAAUCAUCUGCAGAAGAAGAGUUAAACCCUCCAUUGCCUUUUGCGUCACGGUUGCUGAACACACGAACCAUGAAGGAGACGUUCAAGAGCUUUGUGGAACUACUCAUCAGCAUUGCGUUAGAUGAAGAUGUGAUGACAGCACUUGAGAGGGCAAACGAUGAACUGCUGCUGCCGCAUAUGAAAAGAGUGGAUGGGAUGAUCACUGACAACAGGAAACGCUUGCUCCACAAGCUGCACAUAGGGCAGGUCUUGAAGACGGCUCUAGACAGCUUUCCUGAAAUCUCUGUGGUGACUGAACUGAAGAAGGAUGGAGAAACCCCAGCCUUCAAGGUACGUCUCAGUGGGAAGGCUUACAACAAGAAGACCUUGAAGCCCUACAAGAUGCCUAACAAAGUGCCUCAGGAGUACACAGUGGACCAGCAGAAAACCCAGUGGUUCUCUCUGUACCACUCUUUGCAGCAUUACAAGUACCACACGUACCUCAUGUGUAAGGACGAGAUCGCGUCUCUGCGAGUGCAAGCAGGGGACCUGGGGCAGGAGGAGACUGUACAGAAGUGUCUGCAGAAUGGAGCUUGGGUAGAGGGCCUCUUUGAUCGCUUUGGAGAGCUAAUCAAUCAAGUGCAGCAGGCCUGCCGAUGAUUCAGCCUGGUCUGGCGGGGUUUUAUAAAAACAAAAUAAUAACAAUCAAAAUAAGAGGAAGCCUCCAGCUCAAAAUGGCAUCGGAGAAGGAUGGAGUGGUUCCCUCCUUCCAGCCACAGAGAUUUAAAUCAGGGACCUUUCAGCUGAGUUGCCUGAAGGACGUUCGGGGAUGGAGCUAAAGUCACAGCAGGGGAACAGCGGGGCGGCAGUUUAUACUCCUAAUUACUGCAUCCCAGCAGAAAGCAGUAACUUAAUCAACAGAGGACACAGACUUUGUCUUGAGGAGCCUUUUGGAGGAUGUCCACAUGGUGCUUCUCCUAGCCUUUGUAUGUUUUUGUAGUUAAAAGCCCCUCUUUUUAACGGGCCUUUUCAUAGAUUUCUAUUUUCCAGUUUUUAUAAUUUGUAUUUUAGCUCAAUUCCAGAUCAUAACCAGUGAGUAUGCACUAGAUAGAAAGCGAUCAGCAUAGGAAGUAGAGCACAGCAAUUACAAAUGCAGAAAUCUGAUUGCUUACCGUUAUAACAAGCCUUCAUCGAUCAUUUAAUUCAUUCACAUACAAAAAUUGAUCUAUUGUAAAAAAAAAAAAAAAAAAAACAGCAACUAUAUAUUAUAUAUAACUGUAGUUAUAUACUGUUUGUAAAACAACCAUUUUAUAAUGGAGUGCCAACUUAUAUAAAUAUAUAUAAAUAUAUAUAUAUAAUGUACAUUUUGUAUAAACGAACAGGAUGGUGGGAACUGCAGCAAUUCUCCUGAGAAAUGUCUCAACUGCAUUCUGUAUCUGUGUGACACCAGUUUAACGCAAUCAAACCGGUCCCAUACUGCAUUUUGUUAAUCAGAAACUAUUACGUGGUAUUAUCUGAGAGCAAAAUGAAAUAAAUGUCUUUAUAUUGCUUUACAGACAUAGUCCACAUUUUAUGAUAAAUAUAUCUAUUUUCACUGACGUAAAUAUUGUUAUGUCUUUCCAUUUCUAGGACACUUUUUCAUUGUCUUUUCACAUUUUUCCCCAAAACAGACGUUUUAUAGGUCGGAUUUAAUGCCUCCAAAAAUAAUCUUGUUAGAGAUGCAGUUUGUAAAUAAAAUGCUGCAUGUAUUACUGUA